AUGUCUCUUCUUCAUUUACCUGCCGAAUUACGGCUCUUAGUUGCAAAUUUGCUGGAGGAAGAAAGAGACAUUAACUCAUUAGCUCAAAUCAACCAGGAGUUUUAUUCUCUCCUCAAUCCAUACCUAUAUCGACGCAAUUUGCUGAACUGUAGAGGUUCAGCGCUGUCGUGGGCAGCCCCACGAGGGAGAGAGGCGACGGCCCGAAUUUGCAUUUCAGAAGCAGCUAACAUUGGAACGAUUGAUUAUACCCUCCCCUUAUUCCGGGCCGCUAAGUUUGGCCACGAGGCGGUGGUGAAGCUAUUACUGGAGACUGGGCGGGUGGAUGUCGACUCGAAGGACUUUUUCAGUCACACGCCACUAUCUAUUGCUGUGUUGGGGGGGCAUGAGGCGGUGGUGAAGCUGUUACUUGCGACUGGGAGGGUGAAUGUCGACUCAAAGGACUCCAAUGAUCAGACGCCAUUGUCGUUUGCUGCGGGGGGAGGCCGUAAGGCAAUGGUGAAGCUGUUACUGGAGACUAGGAGGGUGGAUAUCAACUCAAAGUGCUCCCUGGGUCGCACACCAUUAUCAUGGGCCGCGUUUGGGGGCCACAUGGCAGUGGUGAGGCUGUUACUAGAGACUGAGGGGGUGGAUGUGGACUCAAAGGACUCCAAUGGUCGCUCGCCAUUAUCUAUUGCUGCGUGGAGAGGCUAUCAGGCAGUGGUCAAGCUAUUACUGGAGACUGGGUUAGCGAAUGUCGACUUAAAGGACUCCCAUGGUUGCACGCCAUCAUCUGUUGCUGCGUUGAGGGCGGCGUGA